GUUUUGUUUUGUUUAGCUUUUCUGUCCUCCCUCAAUUCUCUUCUUCCUCACACAAACAAACUCCCCUCUCUCUCUCUCUCUCUCUCUCUCUCUCUCUCUGUCUGUCUGUGCAAGUGUGAGCUUAAGCUUCGUUGCAACCAAAGCACUCCUCUCUCUCUCUCUCUCUCUCUCUCUCUCUCUCUCUGUCAUUUUGUGGGUUCUUAUCUCCCAGCCCAUUUGUGUCUUCAAGUAACAUGAACAGAAGCACCACCUGUAGGGUGUGCAUUGUACGCCUUCUGUUAUGAAUCUGGAAUCCCAACUUCAGCGAUUCACCACCUGCAACCGUCACCCGGAAGAGCACGUCACAGGCUUCUGCGCCUCAUGCUUGCGCGAACGCCUCGAAGGUUUGGACCCGGCGACCCGCCGAGGGAAGAACAACCCGUCCAACUCCACCGCCGUCUCCGCCCUCAAAGCCAUUUUCAAGGGAUCUUCAGCUGCUGCUGCCGACACUAGUUUCGGUAACCAACGCAACAAGCCCUCCUCCUCCUUCUUCCCCGAGCUCCGCCGCUGCAAGUCCUUCUCCGGUGGUAAAGGAGAGGGAUUCUCUGGUGUGUUCGAGCCUCAGCGCAAGUCUUGCGACGUUCGGGGUCGGAGUACUCUCUGGUCUCUCUUCAACCUUGACGACGAAAGGAAGACGGACACCGACAACAACAAUAGAGAGGUUGAGGUCGAGACCAGGAACUUGGGGUUUUCUGGGGUUGGAGGACCCGUCUUUGAGUCUAGGGAAGAGGAAGAGAAUGACGAGGAGAUUAGGGUUUCUGAGGAGCCCGCGGCCUCUGUUGUGAACACUUUUGUUGUUGCUGAAGAGAGAGUCCCAGAGAUCAAGGAGGAGGAGGAGGAGGUGGAGGUGGUGGAAGAGGAGGAGGAGCAACAGGAGGAGCCAGUGGUAGAAGAGGAAGUGAAGACCAUGAAGGAUCACAUAGAUCUCGAUUCCCAGACUAAGAAGCCUCCCGGCAGGGACUUGAAAGAGAUUGCUGGAAGCUUCUGGAUGGCGGCUUCGGUUUUCAGUAAGAAGUUGCAGAAGUGGAGGAGGAAGCAGAAGAUGAAGAAGCGUGGCGGCGAUGGGGGUAGCUCGACUGCAAUGCGGGCUGAGAAGCCCACUGGGAGACAUUACAGGGAGACGCAGUCGGAGAUCGCGGAUUAUGGCUUUGGACGGAGAUCUUGCGAUACUGAUCCGAGGUUCUCUCUCGAUGCCGGUCGGAUGUCCUUCGAGGAUCCUCGCUACUCGUGGGACGAGCCUCGUGCUUCUUGGGAUGGUUAUCUCAUCGGCCGAACUCUUCCACGUCUUCCUCCGAUGCUGUCGGUGGUUGAAGAUGCUCCUCCCCCUGUUCGAAGGGCUGAUAAUCUGAUCCCUGUGGAAGAGCAGCCUAGGUAUUCCACCGCCAAUGAGGAUGAUAGCACUCCUGGUGGAUCGGCUCAGACUCGGGACUAUUACUCCGAUUCAUCCUCUUCGCAGAGGCGGAAGAGUCUUGAGCGUUCCAGCUCCAUUCGGAAGAUGGCGGCUUCCGUGGUGGCAGAGGUUGAAGAAACUAAGUCAGUUUCCAACUCUAAGGUGUCUCCAGCAACCAUCGAUUACAUCAAUGGAACGAAAUUGCUUGUUACAGAUAGAGAUAUGAAGGAUUUGAACUCGAAUUCCAACACUAACUCUCUCAGAGACGAUUGCUCCGAGAGCUUUGAGUCUGCCUUUAAAGAUGCUACUUCUGUCGUGGGUGGUCUUGAUCGUAAGGGUUCUAAGAAGUCCCGUAGAUGGAGUAAGGCAUGGAAUAUCUGGGCUUUUAUUCAGAGACGCAAUGGCAGCAAGGAUGAGGACGAUGAGAGGUAUGGCAGGGGAAAUGUGGUGGAGCGCUCCUUAUCAGAGUCUUGGCGAGAUCUUCGUAGGGAUGCCAAUGGAGAUGCAAGAGGGGCUUUGAAUGGGAAGAUCCUCCGCUGCAAUAGCAGUGUCAGCUCAAGGAAUUCAUUUAGCACCGGGGUUGGGGGGUCACUUGGCAGUUUAAGAAGUGGCAGAGAAUCCAAUGGGCAUGGUAAAAGGAAAGAUGAAUUUGUGUUGGAACGUAACCGGAGCGCUAGGUAUAGUCCUAACAAUCUCGAUAAUGGCCUCCUGCGAUUCUACUUGACGCCACUGAGCGGCAGUCGAAGGAAUGGCUCUGGGAAGAGUAAACCAAAGAAUUCACAUUCUAUUACCAGGAGUGUAUUGCGAUUGUACUGAUUUGAAGGUGCACCAGUUGUUCUUCAUCAAGUGUUAAUUUUACCAUUUUUGAUGUGUAAACGCAUAUAUCUAUCUAUUUCUUGUUGUUAUUGGGUUGAUAAAAAGCUCAUGUUGAUGUUGCCUUCCCAUGCUUAGCAUGCUUUUGUCAAUCUCUUAAAUAAUGAGAAUUUCCAUAUUUCAUCUCUA